CCCCGCUGCCAGCUCAGCUACGUUGAAGGCGGCUCUCUUGGGAGGGGACGACACGGCGCUAGAGAAGUCUGGGAUCCCCUGAAAACUUUCAGCAACAGAAACACCCUGUAUGUGUGUUUAUUAGCCUCGUUUCUUCAUCCAUCGUGGUAGUAGGUGAUGCUGGGGGUGGCAGGAAUGACGGGCAGCAUAGCAAAUGCCCUGGCCACAGCGGCCUGCGAGCGCUGUAAAAGUGGCUUUGCUGCAACUGAGAAGAUUGUCAACAGUAACGGAGAGUUAUACCAUGAGCAGUGCUUUGUGUGUGCCCAGUGUUUCCAGCAGUUUCCAGAGGGACUCUUCUAUGAGUUUGAAGGAAGGAAGUAUUGUGAACAUGACUUCCAGAUGCUCUUUGCUCCUUGUUGUCACCAGUGUGGGGAGUUCAUUAUUGGUCGUGUCAUUAAGGCCAUGAACAAUAGCUGGCACCCAGACUGCUUCUGCUGCGACAUUUGCCAGGCUGUACUUGCGGACGUUGGCUUUGUCAAAAAUGCUGGCAGGCACCUGUGUCGCCCAUGCCAUAACCGUGAGAAAGCUCGGGGUCUGGGCAAAUAUAUUUGUCAGAAGUGCCAUGCCAUUAUUGAGGAGCAGCCCCUGAUCUUCAAGAACGACCCCUAUCACCCGGAUCACUUCAACUGCAACAACUGUGGUAAGGAACUGACAGCUGAAGCCAGAGAACUGAAGGGAGAACUCUACUGUUUGCCAUGCCACGACAAGAUGGGUGUACCAAUCUGUGGUGCCUGCAGGAGACCCAUUGAGGGGCGCGUUGUCAACGCAAUGGGCAAGCAAUGGCAUGUGGAGCAUUUUGUGUGUGCCAAGUGUGAGAAGCCUUUCCUCGGUCAUCGGCACUAUGAGAGGAAGGGGCUGGCUUACUGUGAGACUCAUUAUAAUCAGCUCUUUGGAGAUGUGUGCUAUCACUGCAACCGAGUGAUUGAAGGUGAUGUGGUGUCUGCUCUCAACAAGGCGUGGUGUGUCAGUUGUUUCUCGUGCUCCACCUGCAACACAAAACUCACUCUCAAGAACAAGUUUGUUGAGUUUGACAUGAAGCCUGUUUGUAAAAAGUGUUAUGAGAAGUUUCCACUGGAGCUGAAGAAAAGGCUCAAGAAGCUGGCUGAGUCAUUGGGAAGAAAAUGAUCUGCUUUCAGCCAAACAACCUGGACGUAUUCCUACUAUGUGCGAUGGUGAAAUAUCAAUGAAAACUUCUGCUUUACUACAUUAUGAAGCAGCGUAAAACAAGUGCAUUAAAAUUGCUGUUUGAAUCUGGGAUCCAUUUAAAAAUGUAAUUGUGUAUUGCUGUGAUUUUUGUCAAAGGUGUCUAUUAACUGCUUUUGUUUUACAUACAGAAACCUGUGCUUUAAUUUUUUUGUGCAUUCCUACAUUGCCCAAUUCCUUAUUGUUCAUAAAGUAAGACAUGUCCCUUUUUGCUAGGACUCUACCUGGAGAGUAAAUGUAAUGUCUAUAUCUAAGGUUGAUCUAAGUGAUUGUUGUCUGACAGUAUUGAAUAACCCUUGUGCCUUAAAGAUAUGAACUAUGUGUCUUAAAAUACAUCUAUGGCAUACAGUCAUACAGUUAUGCCCAAGUAUACGUAUCUUAACUAGAUAAAGUGUAUGAAAACAGAGUUUUACUACGCUUCAUGCCUUUUUAGUUAUUUUUUUUUAACUUUAAAAAGCAACCCCCUUUUCGUUAGGAUAUGGUAAUGGGCUUUUUUCCAGCUUCAAAAAAUAAUUCCUGGAAAGAAUUUAAAGAAAAAAAAUUUCUCCACUACUAUGAUUUGUACAUCUGGUUCCUAACUCCCAGUGUAUUAAAAAUGAAUAGUUUGGAGGGAAAGAUGAUGCUUGCAGGUACUGUAUGACUUUACUAUGUGUAGUGGUGUUAUUUUUCAUUCGUACUGUAAAUGCCUAAGGUUGUUAGUAUGAUAUUUUUAGACAGAUGAACGUUUGCAGCUUUCUGAGGGAAACGCUUCAAAGGAAUCCACAUGAAAUGAACCUUCAGCUGACUACUUAGCGCUUUGAUGUUGAAUUAUCAUUGAUGAUUCAGCCUAUUGCUGUUUGUAACCUAGCAAAGCACCCAACCACAAAAAAAGGCUUCAGUGAGAAACUUUAUUACAGGACACUUUAGCUUACAUCUUCACCAUUCAUUGUUUUUCAUGAAAUGGAAUAUUACAGUUUACUGGAGCUUAUGUACUGUUUUGCAUUGUCCCAAUGAUCAAUAAAGUUUUCAAAUGCA